UUUUCAAUUUUUUCAGAAUGUUUUAUUUGUCAUGUUUUACAAAUCUUGGCUUCUAAAUAUCUGUAAUCAUAGAUUUACAUGCAAAAUUUAUCAACGAUGUCGUAGAUUUUCUAUUUCAUCUCACCUCUGGAAUGUCCGUGUUAGAUUUGCACCCUCACCAACAGGUUUUCUGCAUAUCGGUGGACUGAGGACUGCUUUACUCAAUUACUUAUUUGUGAAAUCUCAAAAAGUUGGUGGUCAGUUUAUCAUCAGGAUUGAUGAUACUGAUCAAUCAAGAAUUGUGCCUGGUGCCGUAGAAAAUUUAUUAAAUCAAUUAAAAUGGGCUGGAAUAACACCAGAUGAAGGACCAGGAAUUGGGGGAGACUUCGGACCUUAUGUACAAAGUGAAAGACUGGAUAUAUAUGAAAAGUACGCAAGUCAACUUUUAGACAAUGGAAUUGCGUAUAAAUGUUUUUGCAGUGAAAGAAGAUUAGAGAUAAUGAGAAGGGAUCAAAUGCAGAGAAAAGAACGUAGUCGAUAUGACAACAGGUGUAGAAAUUUGUCAAAAUCUGAGAUUGAAGAAAAGCUUGAUCUUGGAAUGCCUUAUGUCUUGCGUCUGAAGCUUCAGAAUGAUAUUAGAGCUUUUGAGGAUAUAUUAAAUGGUGAGAUAAAGCACGAUGUUGCCAGUAUUGAAGGGGAUCCUGUAAUAUACAAAUCAGACAGGUAUCCAACCUAUCAUCUGGCAAACGUUGUUGAUGAUCAUUUGAUGAAAAUAACCCAUGUAUUACGGGGCCAAGAAUGGAUGAUGUCAACUGUGAAACAUAUAAUGCUAUAUGAAGCAUUCGGUUGGAAACCACCACAAUAUGCACAUCUUCCAUUGCUUUUGAAUGAAGACGGCAGGAAAUUGUCUAAAAGGCAGGGUGAUGUGUAUGUGGAGCAAUAUCGUGAGGGUGGGUACCAUGCCGCAUCGAUUUUAAAUUUUUUAGCUCAUUAUGGUGCUGGAUUCACAGAAAGUUCUGGAAUAAUAUUCGGUGAUGAAGUUGCAACUCCCACUAAAGUUUUAGAGAUAAUGGCAAAAGAAUUUUUAAUGGAAAAGGUUGGAGUGAAUAAUUCAAUUGUAAGUUUCUCAAAGCUUGGUGAAUACAACUCAACAAUUUUAAAGCAUUUACUGUCAGAUGAAAAAAGCAGAAAUUGUAUGAUAGAAGAAUUAAGGAAGUAUGUUUGGGAGAAGUAUGGAGAAAGCAAUAUAUUGAAUAAAAUGUUCAAUGAUGAGCAAAAAAAUGAAUAUAUCAAUAGAGUUCUCUCAAUCAGAAAGAAUCACAUAACAGUUCUCAAGGAUCUAAUCAGUGAAGAAUAUAAUUAUGUUUGGAUUCGUCCUUCUAUUCCACACGAGGAAAUUCAAGAAGAUAUGAUGAAAUUUGUUCUAAAUGUUUGCAGUUUCCUAGAAGACAUUAAUGUUGACGGUUUAUCUAAAGAAGUGAUCACUCCAAGGAUUCGUGAUAUUCAGGCUAAGGCGAAGUUGAAAAUUGCUCCUGCCAUGACAUUGUUAAGAUAUUUAUUAAGUGGACGGAAACAAGGACCUGCAGUUGCAGAAAUUAUUUGCAUUCUUGGAAAAACGGAAUCCGUAGCACGAUUGAAGAAGAUACAACAGUUUCAUAAUAAAUCACCCUCACUGGCAAAAAUAUGACAAAUUUACCUUUUUCUUAUCAAAAUUCUAUUCCAUAUGCA